UACGUUAGCCAGUAUGAUUUUGCUUGUUCUCGUGGCUGUAUGGUCUGAAGUAUUGAAUACUUGGCUUCUAUACAGACAUCAUUAUAACAGAAUGCAAUCGCUACUCUCAUACAGCUGUCACAUGCACUGAGAUUUUAAAUAAUUUGACUUAAAUAGUUGCCUUGGCAAAUCAUUUCUCUCCAUUUAUACUUAAUAUAAAAAUAGUUGAUCACUAUACCUGACACUUUUUAAAGCACAUUAUGUGUGCAGAGUGAUAACUUAGUAGCACAAUCAUUAACGUUUUCUUACAGAUUGCAUUAGAAAGCCUGUUAAACAAAUGUUCUGUUUAGAAUUUAGUAUUUCGUGCUUGGUUGUAUGGUUUAUCUCCUCAUAUGCAAACGCACAUUAUAGCCUUUUGUCUGAGAGUAGGUUAAACCUAAAGACGCUAAUAAUUUCGUCACCCAUUUUGGUUUAAACUAUACACACACACAUUCAUUACAGCAGAUUGAAUAACCUGUUUUGACAUUCAGCCAAAACAAAAACAAAAAAACUUUAGAAAACGUGCUUUGGGAUGGAAGUGUUUCUACGUUAUGGACAAAGAAUUAUAUUGCUUUCUGGUAGUUGUGACUGGAGGUGAUACAAUGGACAGCAAAUUAUUUAAAUGUUUGUAAUACUGCUUAUAUCAUCUUGUAUAUUGUUUUCCUUCCCUGCCCCCUUAAAACUGUAAAAAGGCAUUCUAUGUAGGAUUUUUGUUUUUCUUAUUUAUUGUUCUCAUUGGUAUUAGUCACUGUUUUUUAAAAAAAAAUCCCCGCACAUUCUUAUGUUUUGAGAGAUGGCUUUUCUUUCUUUCUUUCUUUCUAUCUUUUUUUUUUGUAAAAUGAUAGGGGACAGUUUUCAGUUUAGUUUUUUUCCCCAAACAUUUAUCUACCUCACUCUCUUUAUUUUUUAUAUGUGUAAAUAUAUAUAUAUUAUUAAAAAAAUCUGCAUCUCACAUUUCUCAGCAGUAGACAAUAAACCAUAAAAAAAACGGUAACCUCAUACACUAUACAAACCACAGAAUGCUGGUAUUGAUAGAGGGCAUCCUUCAUUUCAAGGGGGCACACAAUAAUGCUUAAGUAUAGAACCUGACUAUAAGGGGCUGCAAUCUAAAAUACUGAGGCUGCAAGAUAACAAUAUUAACGUUUAGACAUCUUAUAUACUUAUAGCAAGGAUCUGAACAAAGAGCACCCAAAAACCUUUACAUGUGCUGCUAUUAGUAAAGAUUUACUUUGUCUAGUGCCCCAGUAUAUGAUUAAAAUAUGCACUUGCUAAUUCUAAAAAUUGUCUUUAUAAUCAAAACCGUCUGAUAGUCCAGAUAGCCAUUAGGAAAUUAUCUUGCUUGGCAAUUAAAAAAACUUAUGAAAAGGGUGUUAAUGCCCAAUAUUCAGCUGAGCACAGUUGGUGAAUAGACAUUUCAAACACCAUUACUUUCUGAGAUAUUUCAUUAUGGACAUAAAUAAAUAUAUUAGGAUGUUUUCUGCAGACUAAUAUAAUUGUUUUCUAUAUAUGAUAAUACAGCUAAGACUCUUCUAUGCAAUCUUCUUAUCCAGUCAGCUGUUAAACUCUUAAACCUCAGAAAACAUGACACUGCAUUCUUAAAGUAAGCCCUUCGUCUUAGUAUAUCUAAACACUGUUUAAUGUUUUCGGGCAGCUAGAUAGCUAUGUGUAUAUUCUGUUUGGUUACUAGAUAUUGUCACUUUUGGUCUCAGUUAAAGUGAUUGAAGUCCCAUAAUACAAGCUUAAGUGCCCCUUAAUUUCUGUUCUGAAGCAGAUAACCUCUUGAUAUUGUGAUGACCUCUUGAUAUGGUGAUUUCCUCUACACACACCUUUUCGCACAUAUUGCUAAACAGGUUCCUCAAAUCUCAAUCAACUAUGAGGGUUUUGAUUAAACUGUCCAGUUUGUGUUUAUAUGUGUGAUGUUAUUAUUAUAUGGAGUUAAAGCAGAAAAUACCCACUUGUGUGAUCACCGCAAGAAGUACUGUAUUGUCCUAAUCACCAUUGUGGAUGAGUAGUAGCAAGGAUUGUUUUUGUUACAUUUUCUAUAUACCAUGACAUCUGCCUUUUGGUAAAUACAGACAAAAGGUUUGACUUAUCGGUCCUUUGCAAAUCAAUCUUUAUUUGAGUUGGGAGAGUGGUAAAUGACACUCCAAAAGACUCCUUCAUGCAGAAAUGGUAACGUCCACUUACUCCCAAACCUUUCAAUAAAUGAUUGAGAGUAAGUGGGCAUUACUUUAUCUAAAUAGAGUAUGGUAUGUAUACAAGAAUCUUUUAGUUAGUAUUAAUUCCCAUGAUAGUAGUUACCACAGCAUUUUCCUGUUAUUUUGCAAGUGUCUGCUUUUAAAAAUAUGUAAACCCCUUAUAAGAUCCAGAGAGAAUAUAUUGACUCUUCAACUGGAAGACUUGUUAGUUCUCUUACAGCAGUAAAUCAUAUUUUGUUGUAUAGGUUUGCCAUUUAAACUGGUGGCGAUGUUACACUGCAUUCUUAGCAUGACUUAAUUGACAUUGUGAAGCAGUCAUUUGGAUUUAUAUUUGUCUGUUGUUUAGGACAGCCAUACAUUGAGAUUUCCAGGCUGCAAAAAUCAUAUUAAUCAUUAAUUGUAUGCUUAGCAAAUUGUUAACAAAGAAAUUGGGCAACAGGUCAUUAGGAUAGGUUUAAAUAUUUUGGGUUUGAGUGCUGUUCCUUUAUGUUACUGCAUACGUGAAUGUAUAUAACUAGUCAGUGUAUCAGAGCAAGCAAUUAAUUAUUUUAAAUGUAUUUAAACUGAUAUUUUGAAGGAUAGUUACAAUGAAGGACCUGUUGUUAUUUACAUUCAAUAUUCUUAAAGGCCUGACUUGAUUCUAGCCUCUCCGAUAUGGCAAACUAGAAACAAAUCAUUUCACAUGGGUUUUGGUCAGGAUUAGCUAUCUCGACUGUCUCCAUUCCCAUGGCAACAUUCACUGGUUGUAAAGCUUGACUGAAACAGAUGUGAUAUGUCUGACAGAAAUCAGUGUUACAGCUAUCACCAAUUGAACCUCAUAGAAAUGUGCGACUUGCUGUGUUGCUAGACUAGAUCACAUUGCUACAAAAAAUGCAAAGACUUAUCAAAAUAGUAAAGCCGUUCACCUAUCUCAGCAUGAAAAAUAUCCAGACAUCCUUUUUGUGAAUAUGGCUUCCUUAAAUCAAGUGAAGGCUAAAAAAAAAGCCUCUGUUCAGAUGUAUGUGGAUGAUUCUCAUUUGACUAAAUUUAUAGAAUACUAAUCCUUAUGUCAUCCUCUUAUCACAGUUUGACUUUUUAUCAUAAGAAAUUAAUGUUAUCUGAGUAAUAUAAGAUGAGAGGACAAGAAACAAAAUAAAAGGAGCAGACUCUAAAUUGGUGUUAUUUACUUAUUUCCACUCUUUCUUUAACUCCAUUAUUAUUAUUUUGUGUAUUGGUGUUGACUUUUUUUUUUUUGAGAGCUUGUUUUUUGUUUUAGAAUGUGCUGGGUGCAAACAAUAUAAACACAUACAAAAAAUUGCCUGUAUUUAAGUCAAGUAGAUUCUUAUGCCGUAUAAACUUUGGUCAUUCUCAAACGUCUGAAGCAGGUAAAAUUAAUGUAUGUUCAGAAGAAAUGUAUCCUUCUGUUGAGAGGAGUAGAAAAUACAGAACUAUUCAUUUAUAUCUUAUUUAUUGCAUUCAUUAUUCUUGAGGUUACAAGAAUAUGUUCUUAAUUUAUUUCUGUGGCUAGGAGUGAUGCUAAAUAUGCACAUUAAUGGAUACUCACAAUUGGUUAGGAUUAAAAUAUGAAAUUACUUUUAAUGGCAUGACACAUUGUGGCACCAGGGUCUAUAUUCAAAAAAUCUUAACCAAAAUUGAAGCUUUUUUCACUACCUGUUAACAGCUCUUACAUAUUCUAGAAAAUAUGCUACAUAAAGUAAUUAAUCCUGCCACCUCAAAUGGCUGUGCACCUGGACUAUCUUACUGCCCCCCAAAAAAAUUCCAGAAAUAUUUAUUAUUAUUUUUUUAAACAAACAUGUAGAGGUAGAGAUUUUAGGGGUAAGCAUUGUAUCCAUGCACAUUAGUCCACGUAACCUCUUGUGAACCUCUUGUGUAUUAAACUCAAAUUAAUUUACGGUAAUCUCUGCUGUCCCCUAGAUCAGUUUGCAUGGUAGGAGUUAAACAUUACCAACAGGAUGAGUGAAUCAAGUAGAUUAUGGGGUAGUCUUUUCACACACAAAAAGUGAAGAAUAAAAUAGUAAUUUUGGUUUACAAUAUCUUAAGUCUUUACUUUGGUUUUCUUUUAGGUAAAUACACACAUUGUCUAAUAUGUAGUUUAUAAAACAAGAAAUGAAUUAUGAAACUGGCACUUUCUUUUGUAUUAGAUGUUUUAUAUAUAGAUUGUGAGCUUGUAUAUCACCAUAUUAUGUAUGUUAUAAGUCUGAUCUGCAGCACACUAGAAUGUAUUUAGGAGUUGGGAAUUUUCAUAUAUAUAAUGCCAAACCUUUUUUUAAAUAUAUCUGUUAGGUGAACAGUUCUGUAUUUUCAGCUCCUUUUUUUUUAACUUGUUUUUUUUUUUAACUUGUUUUUUUUUUUUGUCGUUGUUUUGUUUGUUUUAUUAUUCAUAACCCUCUGGUUAGAUUUUGAUGAACUAAACUGGUCAUUUCACUCUACUGUACAGUUAACAUAAUAUAAAAUAGUCAUUACUGGUUGGGAACAGAAAAUGGAAUGGUUUGAGAAGUAGCUUAGAAAAUCUAAAAUCACAAUUUGCCUUUUAUAAAUUAGAUCACAUGGUCAUGCCACUAGUAGAGCAACGUCAACAGAACAUUUUUAUUUGUUUAAACAAAUAGAAAAUUGCUCGGACACAGUCAUACAAAACAGUAGAUUAACUUCUUUUCUGCCAAAGAAGGAUCCAAAAGUUAUUGUGCACUGUAUUACAUAUCGUUUUUAGCAAGAAUCUGGUUCAAAGAACAACCUAUAACUACUUUUCUAACCUUUCCUGAAGCAAAGAGGAUUUUUUACAUUAUUUCUUCUUUCUGUUUUCAGUCCAGUAAGACUUAGAUGAAAGAACUGGCCAGAGUUUCUUUCUACCUCUGGGACAAAAAAUAAAAAGUACAUGAGAAAAAAAAAAAGCGCUAUAGAUUUGAAGCAUUGCAAAUAAAAUAAAUGGGUUAAAAAAAAAAACCUUUUUUUUUUUUCUCCAAGUUUUCAUAUUAAAAAAAUAAAAUUAAAAAAAUACAAUAAAAAUAACAUGGCCAAUUUGUAACAUUAAAAUGAUGCUGUGUGUAAAUUAUUCAUAAAGAUUCCUGUGUUUAUAUCAAAAUGAAUCAGUAGAUAAAAAAAAAUGUUUUUUGUAUAUUCUGUUGUAAGAAUUUAUUCCUGUUCUUGCUAUAUACUCUGAAUUCUUUACAAUAUUGAGAAGAAGAAACCUUGUCUAUUUUGAAUGGCUGAACCUAAGACAGUUUUAGUUUCUCUUACUCUGCUUUUUUUCUAGUAGUUACAAUACUACAAGAUUUAAGUUAAAUAAAAAGAAUUCUAUAUGCUA